UAAAGCCCACUCUCUCUCUCUCUCUCUCUUUCUCUCUCUCUCUGCGAACCUAGGGUUUUCCUGCUUCUCAAAUCUUUCAUCAAUUUCCAACUCCCUCUGUUUCAUUACUAGGAGAUCGUUUCUAGUCUCGCCUGAUUGUGAAUUUUCAUGGAGGGUCCUGGGAUAGAAGAGAGCAAAAAGUCUGAGGCCCAUUUGACAUCAGCAGCAGCUUUCGUGGAGGGUGGAAUCCAGGAGGCCUGUGAUGAUGCUUGUAGUAUAUGCCUUGAAGCAUUCUGUGACAGUGAUCCUUCAACGGUGACUGGUUGCAAGCAUGAAUUUCAUCUUCAAUGCAUUCUUGAAUGGUGUCAGAGAAGCUCACAGUGUCCCAUGUGUUGGCAACCUAUCACCCUGAAGGAUCCCACCAGCCAAGAGUUACUUGAGGCGGUAGAGCAAGAAAGGAGUUUUAGGUUCAAUCCGUCUAGAAAUACUACAAUAUUUCAUCAUCCAACUCUUGGAGACUUUGAACUGCAGCAUUUACCAGUAGGUACUAAUGAUGCUGAACUUGAAGAGCGUAUAAUCCAGCACUUGGCUGCUGCUGCGGCAAUGGGGAGAGCACGCCAUAUUGCUAGAAGGGAAGGUCAAAGGAAUAGGCCAUCAGCUCAGGGCCGUCAACAAUUUUUGGUAUUUUCAACUCAUCCGAAUUCACCACCUGCUGCUCCUGCUUCUUCCUCCCCAUCUCAGAGGGGUGAAUCUGAACCAGUUCCCCCAGUCACGGAAGCUUUCCCAUCUCCUGCAAAUUUGGAAGAAGAAUCAUCCCAACUGAUUGCUUCACUACCUGCUACCCAAGCUGACCAUGUAUCUGCCUCAGCGUCUGGGUCAAGUGUUCAUGCUGCUGGACAACAUGGAUCGCCCUUGAAUAAUAGGAGGUCUCCUAAUCAGUCAUCCCCAAGCAGUCAAGAUAGAGCUGGGCCGUCAGACUUGCAAUCCUUUUCAGAAUCUCUGAAGUCUCGCUUUAAUGCGGUGUCAAUGAAAUACAAAGAAUCUAUUUCAAAGAGCACAAGAGGUUGGAAGGAGAGAUUGUUCUCACGCAACACUUCCAUGUCAGAUCUUGGUUCUGAAGUUAAAAGGGAGGUUAAUGCAGGCAUUGCAACUGUAUCACGCAUGAUGGAACGUUUGGAAACCAGAGAUAACGGUGAAACCAGAGACAAUAGCAGAACCGAUGGUGCAUCUGUGUCAAAUAAUUUGGAUAAUUCAGUUGCAGAACCAGACAAUAGGCGGAUAUCAGAGAGCAGUGGCGACAAUACUUUAAAUAACACCAGUAUGCAAGCUCCAUGUGCUGCAGGUUCUAGUUCAAAUUAAGGACUACUAAGCAAUGACAUCAACUCAAAGCAGUUCUCCUGAAACGGUGGAAUCCCUAUUUCCUAGGUAUGUUCUGCUCUGGAUAUGAUGCUUUGCAUCCCUAUUCGAGCUGGUUGGUAGUCUUUUACCAUUUGGAAAGAGUAUUGUUGAUCUGAUUCUCAAUAAAAGAACUUAGAGAUUAAGAACAGGCCAAAAAAAAAAAAAAAUUAAAAUUAUAUAUGUAUGUUUAAAACUGGAAACUGUUUGUAAAUUGGUUUAUAUUUAAAACUUAUUGAGAUAUUUAUGAGUAUUGCAUGCUAGUAUUUUGUAAUAGUUCUUUGAUAUAUUUGAAUCUUAAACCCAAUAAAUAUAUAUAUACACAUAGACAAAUUGCAUGUA